CCUACUAUAGGUAUGAAUCAGCUCAAAUCAGCUGGUUAACGCUUACCGUGUCAGUGUCACAACAAUUUUAUACAGAAACGGUUGUGUUCUCGCGUUUGUGUUAUGAUAAAGUCAAUAAUUAGAAAUUUAAGAAUAAAUAAUUCUGUGGCACACAAAAACUUAUCACCGGCCAGGAUGACAAGCAUACACAGCGCGUACAAGGAGGAGGUUCACGACGUGCCUAUGUCGGUUAUCAUGAGGCCUUUCAAGCCCGAGCUCGACGAGAAGAAGGUCAGAUCCCUUAUGGAGACGAUAGAGAAAGAAGAGAAAUCGGGAGAUGUGCCUCCCAUCGACGUACUAUGGAUCGUGGGAUCUGAAGGCGGGAACUACUUCUACAGCUUCGGCGGCUGCCACCGGUUCACAGCGUACCAGAGACUAAAGCGGGACACCAUCCCCGCCAAACUGAUAAGGUCUACCGUCACCGACCUCAGGACUUAUUUGGGGAGCAGCACGCCGGAUUUGAAAUGAUAGUUUGUUUAUGGACAUGGAUAAUGUAAAUUGAUGUAUCUAAUACCUAUAUCCGUAUUAUGCCGUGUGGCUCCCGGCACAAAUACAAAAAAGAAUAGGACCACUCCAUAUCUUUCCCAUGGAUGUCGUAAAAGGCGACUAAGGG